AUGAUCAAGAACCAAGUCAUUAGACAUACCAAACCAAUCAAUACCCUGUCGCUAUUUGCUAGACAUCAACAAGCUAGGUCUGUUGUCACACAAAAGGAUGUCACCCCUUCAAAUUUAGCCACUGAUUUUCCCCUUGGUUCAAAUGUUCCAAAACCUGCAAAUGCCAUGGAUUAUGUCUUAACCACCAUGGAUAAUAUUGCAGAUUGGGCUAGAAAAUCAUCUUUCUGGCCAGUUACUUUUGGGUUAGCUUGUUGUGCUGUGGAAAUGAUGCAUGUUUCCACUCCAAGAUACGAUCAAGAUAGAUUAGGUAUUAUCUUUAGAGCAACCCCAAGACAAUCAGAUAUUAUGAUUGUUGCAGGUACUUUAACUAACAAGAUGGCACCUGCCCUAAGACAAGUGUAUGAUCAGAUGGCUGAACCUAAAUGGGUUAUUUCAAUGGGUUCUUGCGCAAAUGGAGGUGGUUACUAUCAUUAUUCAUAUUCAGUUGUCAGAGGGUGUGAUAGAAUUGUUCCAGUUGAUGUUUAUGUGCCUGGAUGUCCACCAACUGCAGAAGCAUUGAUGUAUGGAGUUUUCAGAUUGCAAAAAAAGAUGUUGGCUGCCAAACCAACCAGAUUGUGGUACAGACAAUGA